GGACCGGGGGCCCAGGCAGUCCUGGGACCCCAGGCCAUGGGUGAGCGAGCCUAUCAUGGGGCCCAGGUGUGCUCUGGCAACAACCCCAGGAAGUGCCAAGACUUAGGAGACUCGAUUCUUCUUCUUCUGGGCAGCUUCAUCUUGCUCAACGUGUGGAUCAAUGUGGUGACUCUGCUCUGGAAGCAUCUGAAGAGCUCCUUGCGGAUUCUGUUCCAUCAUUUUUUUCCCAAAGGCUUCCUGCCCAGGCACGUUAACCAUCUUGACUCCUGGAUACCAGACACGAAUGAUGAGAAGGUUUCUGCAUGCUGCUGGAUGCCACCUAAAUGUGGACGUGCCAGGGUUCCCAGGGAGUCUCCAUGGGGACUGUACAAGGAGGAGAUGAUGGGAGUGGGGGAGGCCCCUCAGGUCACAGCCUUAAAGGCUCAAGCCUCCUUGCUCUCCACGCCACAGACAUCUUCCCAGUUCCCAAAGAUGAGCAAGUUGGACAUGGGUCCAUGCCGCCUGCCCCAAGAGAGCCAGACUAAGACCCCAGACUGUGUCGCAGCCCAGGCUCCACCUCAGGCCCAGGUCCACUCCCCAACCCACACUCCUGUGCACACCCUCACCCACUCCUGGAUCCAUGCCACGGCCCACACCUCUGUGCACACCCCUGCCCACUCCUGGACCCACUCCAAAGCCUGCACCCCCGAGGGCACCCACUCCCAGGCCCAGGACACCUCAGCCCAGGCCCAAGCCCACACCUCCGCCCCUACCCCAGCUCAGACUCCAGCCCACAUCCAAGCCCACACCUCGGCCCCUACCCCAGCCCAGGCCUCAGCUCACACUGAAGCCCAUACAUCAGCCCAGGCCCAAACCCACGCUCCGCUCCACACCCCUGAGCAUACUCACUCCCAGACCCCAAAGUCCACACUGUCCCCGAUGAAGUCAUUUGUGCCUGAGAAGGCUGCUCAGAAGGAGGACGCACAGCGGCACGUCCUCUGGGCUCCUGUCCAACUCAAUCAGAACUCCUUCUCUUCCAAGGUCCAAGUGGUCUCCAGUGACCUGCAGACCUUCUCAGAGCUGCAUAGCUAA